GGCCGCCCCCAUCCCAUGUCGGGUCCCCCGCAGUCUCCCCCGUCCCCUGCCCGGUCUGCUGUGGCCGUCCCUGCCUCCUGCCCGGUCCCUGUCCUGUGCGUCGGGCCCUUCCUAAGGAUUGAAAAAGACAGCAGUGGAGUGAUAUGGACACCGAGCUUCAGCAAGCUGUCUCCAACCGUGAGCGGGCCAGUGGGACCUGGGCCUCCAGACCGAGAAGCCGUGAGCCUGCCCUGCUCACAUCAGCUGAGGAGCUGCGGUGGCUCGGCGAGUUGGAGUUCGUCCUGGAAGCGUCUGCCCGGCGAGGUCAGGGAGGAGGCGUGGAAGAACUUUUUCAUGGGACACUUUGAGAAGGGCCAGCACGCUCUGCUCAAUGAAGGAGAAGAGAAUGAGAUGCAAUCUGUAAAACUCCACCAUCUCGUCGAGUCACAUAAUAGCAUUACGGUCUCUGUAUGUGAGAGAAAAGCUGGAGUUCGAGAGCUGGAAUCACGCGUCCUGGUGCCUGGAGAUGUAUUAAUUUUGACGGGGAACAAAGUGCUAAUGCCGUGUGAUGCCGUUCUGAUUGAAGGCAGCUGUGUGGUGGAUGAAGGCAUGCUGACAGGAGAAAGUAUUCCAGUCACCAAAACUCCGUUACCCAAGAUGGAUAGCUCUCUGCCCUGGAAAACACAGAGUGAAGCGGAUUACAAACGGCAUGUCCUCUUCUGUGGAACAGAGGUUAUCCAGGCCAAGGCAGCUCGCUCUGGGACCGUGAGAGCCGUGGUACUGCAGACUGGAUUCAACACGGCAAAGGGAGACCUUGUGAGAUCCAUUCUCUACCCCAAGCCAAUGAAUUUUAAGUUGUACAGGGAUACCAUCAGGUUCCUCCUAUGCCUUGUAGGAACAGCCACCAUUGGGAUGAUCUAUACUCUGUGUGUCUAUGUGCUUAGCGGGGAACCUCCAGAGGAGGUGGUGAGGAAAGCCCUUGACGUCAUCACAAUUGCGGUUCCUCCUGCUCUACCUGCUGCUCUGACCACAGGCAUUAUUUAUGCCCAGAGGAGGCUGAAGAAGAGAGGCAUCUUCUGCAUUAGCCCCCAGAGGAUCAAUGUAUGUGGACAGUUAAACCUCGUCUGCUUUGACAAGACAGGCACCUUAACAACAGAUGGCUUGGACCUCUGGGGAGUCGUGUCCUGUGAUAGGAAUGGCUUUCAGGAAGUUCACAGCUUUGCCUCGGGCCAGGCUUUGCCAUGGGGCCCACUGUGUGCGGCGAUGGCCAGCUGCCACUCUCUGAUCCUUCUUGAUGGGACCAUCCAGGGAGACCCUCUGGACCUCAAAAUGUUUGAAGCCAUCACCUGGGAAAUGGCUUUUUCUGGGGACGAUUUCCACAUCAAGGGAGUGCCGGCACAUGCCAUGGUAGUUCAGCCCUGCAGAACAGCCAGCCAGGUCCCAGUGGAAGGAAUCGCCAUCCUGCAUCAGUUCCCAUUCUCAUCGGCACUGCAGAGAAUGACAGUCAUUGUCCAAGAGAUGGGAGGUGACCGACUGGCAUUCAUGAAAGGUGCACCAGAGAGGGUGGCCAGCUUUUGCCAACCAAAGACAGUUUCCUAUUUUGGUGCAUGGGAGACGGUAGAAUCAGACCUGAUAUUUCUGGGGCUGCUGAUCUUGGAGAACCAAUUGAAGGAAGAGACAAAACCUGUCUUGGAAGAGCUCAUCUCAACCCGGAUAAGGACUGUGAUGAUCACAGGUGACAAUCUUCAGACUGCAAUAACAGUGGCCAGAAAAUCUGGAAUGGUUUCUGAAAGCCAGAAAGUCAUUCUCAUUGAGGCAAAUGAAACCACCGGGUCCUCAUCAGCGUCUAUAUCUUGGACAUUAGUAGAAGAGAAGAAACACGUUACGUAUGGGAAUCAGGACAAUUACAUUAACAUCAGGGAUGAAGUCUCUGAUAAUGGCCGAGAAGGAAGUUACCAUUUGGCCCUAACUGGAAAAUCCUUUCAUGUUAUAAGUCAGCAUUUCAGCAGCCUACUGCCAAAGAUACUGAUCAAUGGGACCAUCUUUGCAAGAAUGUCUCCUGGGCAGAAGGCCAGUCUGGUGGAAGAAUUUCAGAAACUGGAUUACUUUGUAGGUAUGUGUGGUGAUGGAGCCAAUGACUGUGGGGCUCUGAAAAUGGCUCAUGUGGGCAUCUCAUUAUCAGAGCAGGAGGCAUCCGUGGCCUCACCUUUCACUUCCAAAACUCCAAACAUUGAGUGCGUUCCUCACCUUAUCAGGGUUGAUAAAGACAGCAGUGGAGUGAUAUGGACACCGACCUUAGCAAGCUGUCUCCAACCGUGAGUGGGCCAGUGGGACAUGGGCCUCCAGACCGAGAAGCCGCGAGCCUGCCCUGCUCACAUGCUUGUAUUCUAGGUGAAACCGCACUGAGAAGGUAUUUGUGGCCCGUUCGCUGAUUCAUUGAUUAGACUUCUUUGCACAGGAGAGCUGCUAAAAAUUACUGCAGUGAACAGGUAUGAAGAAGAAGGCUGUUCUCUGCCCUUCUUUUUGCAAUAAAAUGUUACAAACUAUCUUGAGUUUGAUCCCUUUUUGGGUGUUUAGGUUUUUUUUUUAACAUUCACAUGUUUCUUGGAAUUAUAAGAAAUUAACUUUGUGCUUCUGAAGUGGGUUUGCCUUAAUAUAACACUGGUGUAUUUGUAAGGGGCAUUUUUAAAGCUGUACUUUAAAAAGUAAUUCUUACAUUCGUUUGAAGGUUUUUUGUUUGUUUGUUUGUUUGUUUUUGAGAUGGAGGCUCUGUCACCGAGGCUGGAGUGCAAUGGCAUUGAUCUUGGCUCACUGCAACCUCUGCAUCUGGAGUUCAAGCGAUUCUCCUGCCUCAGCCUCCUGAGUAGCUGGGACUACAGGCACCUGCCACCAUGCACAGCUAAUUUUUUGUAUUUUUAGUGGAGACGGGGUUUCACCGUGUUAGCCAGGAUGGUCUCGAUCUCCUGACCUCGUGAUCUGCCCGUGUCAGCCUCCCAAAGUGCUGGGAUUACAGGUGUGAGCCAAGGGGCCAACAUGGUGAAACCCUAUCUCUACUAAAAAUACAAAAUUAGCCGGGAAUGGUGGUGUGCGCCUGUAAUCCCAGCUACUCGGGAGGCUGAGGCAUGAGAAUCACUUGAUCCCGGGAGGCAGAGGUUGCAGUGAGCUGAGAUAGUGCCACUGCACUCCUGCCUGGGGGACAGUGAGGUUCCAUCUCAAAAAAAAAAUAUAGAAUAGAAUAACUUUUGUUUAGGUGUUACAAAAUCCAGGCCAGACAAAUCUAAACUUUAAUCUCACACCCAGUUCCUAGAUUAGUCCCUUCUCCAGCUCAGGUUCGGCCUAAGCCUCAGGGUUCCUUACUUGGUGGGCACCACCUGCUCCCUUCCCCACCUUUGUUCCUCUUUUUCCUCUGCUGGCUUCUCCAGGGUUGGGUGUGUUCAGUGGCGGAAACAGGCUAAAGGUCUUUGGCUUUUAGGUUCUGUUGAUGGGUGAGUUCCAGAUACUAGCUUUCUCUUGUAGGAUAUUUCAUUUAUUUAUCAAAAAUAUUAGAACACACCAUUCAUGUGCCAGACCCUGUUCCAGGCACUGGGGCUAGGGUGAUAAAUGAGAUCAACAAAAAUACCUGCCCACAUUAAGCUCCUGUUCUAGGGAAGACAAAAAAAGAAAGAAAAUACACGUGUCCUUAGUACAUUAGAAGUUUCCAAGUAGUGUAGAGAAAAAUAAAGUAGGUUGGACUCGGUGGCUCACACCUGUAAUCCCAGCACUUUGGGAGACUGAGGUGGGAGGAUUACUUGAGCUCAGGAAUUUGAGACCAGCCUGGGCAACAUGACAAAUCCUGUCUCUACAAAAAAAAAAAAAAAUUAGCUGGGUAUGGUGGCAUGCACCUGUAGUCCCAACCACUGGGGAGGCUGAGGAGGGAGAAUUGCUUCAGCCCUGGAGGUGAAGGUUGCAGUAAGCCGAGAUCGUGCCAUUGCACUCCAGCCUGGGUGACAGAGCCAGAGCCUGUCUCAAAAAAAAACAAAAGGAAAGAAAGAAAAUGAAAAAACAAA